UUCAUUUAUACUGCGCUAAGAAUAUCAUCUUCCUUGUACAUAGUAAAUUUAUCUUUUUACCUGCAUUUUUUCCGUAUCGGCAACAGGCAGAAGAACUUAGUGCUGCUAAUAUUCGCAUCGGAUUACUGGAAAAGCGAGCAGACAAUGCUGCAAACGACGCGGAUGCAAAGGUUGAAGCUGUGAACAAGAAAUAUGAUAAUGCCUCCAACGAACACGCUCAGAAAACAAAAGAAUACGAAGAGACAUUAGAUUGUUUACAAGCCGAUAUUGUUAGCCUUGAAAAGGAGAACCAAGAUCUCAAGAAAAGGCUAGAUGCAUAUUCUAAGAAAACCUUGUUAACUGAUAUUGCGAGACAGGCUCAAGGUGGCUCUGGAAUUGCCAGUCUAGUUGGCUCGCCAACAAAAUCCGGAGGAAUGGGAAAAGGUUCUGUUCAAGUGAUCAUCAAAGAUUCUCCGGUUAUUCUUGCACAGCUUGAAUCGUUGAAGACUGCACUAAGCCAGGUUCGUGCAGAAAACAUCCGUUUGAAAGCAAAGAAGCUAAAGGAUGAGUUAGCUGCCCUCCCAAAGAUUUAUUCACCCCCUGCUUGUGAUGAAUCUCAUCGAGCAGAGGACUCAGAUUCCAACAAAACGCCUGUGACAUUCAAAACAGUAACAAAAGACACUACGACUCUCCUUAAUGUAAGUUUCCUAGUUUUUGAAUUAUUAAUAGAUUUUUCCUGUUUAGCAUUAUUUAGAAAGAAAGCAAAAUUUAUAGUACCUGGAAUCACGUAAAAUUUCCUAUUGAAAUAUGUGUUG